AUGCAGACUGUUCAUACAAUCAUUCAACGUGUUGCAGCUCUUGUUGCAGUUUUCAACAACCUUCUUCUCAUUUUUCUCAUCAUUUUCAAAUCCCAUCGAAAAGUAGGCAAGUACAAAUAUCUUAUGAUCUAUAUUUCGAUAUUCGAAAUUGUCUACGCAAUUGUGGAUGCACUAGCUGUACCGGGUAUUUUCACUUUGGAUGCCAUGUUUGUGGUAGUGACAUUUGAGGAUCAAGUACUUGUGCCAGACUACAUGUUAGCUUCAUUUGGAAAAUUGUUUUGCGUAUUUUUCGGAAUCUCAAUGGCUAUAUUUGCAGUCCAUUUCAUUUAUAGAUACCUUGUUCUGAGCGGUGACACGUUUUUAAAAGAAAUCGGAAAGAAUAUCAGUGACGUUAGGUACGUUGGUCCGUAUUUUUGGCCAAUUGGAUCAGAUUGUCAUCCUCAUAUCCACUGGAAUGCAGCAAUUGGUAUUCUGAUAAUGACAAUUGCCAUUAUAAUCUCUUUUGGUUUUAUUAUUGUUUUCGGUUUCAAAUGCUAUUGGGAAACUAAGGAAAUGAUUGCGAAAGCUACGCAUUCUACUUCUUUCCAUAAGCUUCAAUCUCAACUUUUUUACGCACUUGUCUUCCAAACCGUAAUCCCAGUAAUCUUAAUGCACAUUCCCGCGUCGGCUGGUUUCACCGCUGCAUUUUUCAAUUCGUCAAUCGAAUUUCUUGGUGAUUUACCAUCCAUUACGAUUUGUCUGUAUCCUACUCUGGAUCCCCUUCCAAAUUUUUUCAUAAUCAAAAACUACCGAGAUGCUAUUACCAAUUGUUUGCGAAGACUCAUAGGAUUGAAAGGGGCCACUGUGGACGUGGGAACUACUGCAAUGGGAUCAUAUGCAAUGACCGUACCUCAAACUGUUUCUCCCACUACAUAG